AGUUUCUUGUUCAUCGUUAAGGGGGACGGACAUUUAUUAACAUGGGAUCUCUCACAACCUCCGCCAUCUUGGUCCUUAUCACUUUGGGAUUCGAGUUGUCUCGUUCGGAAUUGGUCAAUUCUACAAGAGCGGGCAAAAUUUUCUCACCAUUUCAGAUCGUGACAUUUCCGAACAUCGCUUGCAUUGGAUCCGAGGCAAGAAAUGGAACUUGCUUCACAUCCGACGAAUGUACCAUGAAAGGUGGAACGCCAAGCGGAACUUGCGCCCAAGGAUUUGGCGUUUGUUGUACAUUCACCAUCGGAUGUGGAGCUACCACCUCUCAGAAUUGUACUUAUCUCACCCAAACAACCACUACCAAUCCAGCCGCUGAUCCCUGCAUUUUUACCAUCUGCAAGGAAUCCCCUCAUAUCUGUCGGAUAAGGCUGGACUUUGCGACGUUUGCAAUUGCCGGACCAGCGAUAGGCACUGCUGCUGCGGCUGCUGCCGACGACGCAGUAAACGCUCUCAAGAUUGGGGAUUGCUUGACCGACUCUUUUGUGCUCAGUUCGCCAGGAAACACGGCCUCACCGGUCAUUUGCGGUUUUAAUUCAGGACAACACAUGAUUGUGGAUGCAUCAGGUUCAUGCAACCAAGCUAUCUUUAACUUUGAUGGAACUGCAUCCACUCGUCAGUUUGACAUCAAAGUGACACAGUAUGCUUGUGGCGAUGAAAAUGGAGGCCCGGAUGGAUGUCUCCAAUACUUUUCUGGAAAUACGGGACAAUUGGCCAGCUUCAACUUUCCUACCACGGACUCAGCCAUUGCCGAUGGAACGACUCACUUGUCCAGCCAAUGCUACAACAUCUGUUUUCGACAAGAGGAAGGGAAAUGUGCCAUUUGCUUCAAUACCGUAAUUAUGGGGGGAGGCGUCACUGGCAACCAAGGCUCCUUCGGGCUUUCUAUCAGUCCUGAUGGAGCUGCUGCGAAAGGAACUCAAGACGUGGGAUGCAGCGAAGAUUAUCUUCAGAUUCCCGGUGGUAGCCGUGAUGAUACUGGUGCCAUGUUCACUGUGGGGGUCCUGAACGCCUUUUCUCAUGUGCGGAUUUGCGGGCGCUUUUUCGGCUUCGUUGAUGCGGCAAGCAUUGUUGGAGCAGAUAAUAACCGAGAAUCUAUUUGCACUCAACAACGUCCAUUUCGGAUCAUUUUCAAGACCGACGCUGAUGAAUUGUUGGUUGGCGAUGCUGCAACUAAUGAACAAAAACUAUUCCCUGGUGGCAUCAUUGGAUUUCACCUCGACUACGCUCAGCAGGACUGCUAAACCUUCGAGGCUUCAUGAACAACGGAAAGAUAGUAGUACUUUUAAUCAAUUGUGUGUUUGAACCAUUCAGUUAUUUCGAAUAAGCAGAAGCAUUCGCCCAAA